AAAACCCAUCAAAAAUUUCUGGGGUUUUCUUGAUUCGCGGCUCUAAUAGAGAGUGAUAAUGGAGGAAGGAAGUCUGUGGCAUCAAUGGAGUAUGUUCAGAUCUCUGUUAUCGAUUCUUCAAUGGUGGGGUUUUAACGUUACUGUUAUCAUCAUGAACAAAUGGAUCUUUCAGAAACUGGAUUUCAAAUUUCCAUUGUCAGUUUCAUGUGUUCAUUUCAUAUGUUCUUCGAUUGGAGCUUACAUUGUGAUCAAAGUCUUAAAGCUUAAACCUUUGAUUGUGGUUGAUCCAGAAGAUAGGUGGAAGAGGAUUUUUCCAAUGUCAUUUGUGUUCUGUAUCAACAUUGUGUUGGGGAAUAUCAGUCUUAGAUAUAUUCCUGUCUCUUUUAUGCAGACUAUCAAAUCUUUUACUCCUGCAACAACAGUGGUGUUACAGUGGUUGGUAUGGAGGAAAUAUUUUGAAUGGCGUAUUUGGGCGUCGUUGGUGCCUAUUGUUGGUGGGAUUCUUCUGACUUCUAUUACAGAGCUUAGCUUUAAUGUGUUUGGAUUCUGUGCUGCUUUGUUUGGAUGUUUAGCUACCUCUACAAAGACCAUUCUUGCUGAAUCUCUUCUUCAUGGAUACAAAUUUGACAGCAUAAACACAGUAUACUAUAUGGCGCCUUUCGCGACCAUGAUUCUCGGGUUACCAGCAUUUUUACUUGAAGGCAAUGGAAUUUUGGAUUGGUUUGAAGCACACCCGUCUCCAUGGUCGGCCCUCGUCAUUAUUUUCAGCUCAGGUGUUCUCGCUUUCUGUCUAAACUUCUCCAUCUUCUAUGUCAUUCACUCCACAACAGCAGUCACAUUCAAUGUAGCUGGAAACCUUAAGGUUGCAGUGGCUGUAUUUGUUUCAUGGAUGAUAUUUCGAAACCCGAUAUCACCGAUGAAUGCUGUUGGCUGCGGAAUCACACUUGUGGGCUGCACAUUUUAUGGUUAUGUAAGGCACAUGCUUUCUCAGCAACAAUCAGGAACUCCAAGGACUCCUCGAACUCCUCGAACCCCUCGUACCCCAAGGAACAAAACAGAACUGAUUCCUCUUGUUAAUGAUAAACUCGAGACUACAGCGAAAUCAACAAUCGAGCCUUGCUCAAGCAACGACACUUGCAACUCUUUACUCGGCUACACACUCUACACCGACCUCAAAGUCUCAGAAGUCGCAUCUCUCUUCCAAGUAGACCCAAUCUCAGUCCUUUUAGCUAACGCCAUCGAUAUCUCUUACCCAGACGUCGAAAACCAUAUCCUUCCUUCAAAGCUCUUCCUCAAAAUCCCAAUCACUUGCUCCUGCGUCGACGGAAUCAGGAAAUCUGUCUCUACCCAUUACAAAACUCGACCUUCCGACAAUCUAGGAUCGAUUGCUGACUCUGUUUAUGGAGGUUUGGUCUCUGCUGAGCAGAUCCAGGAAGCUAACUCGGUGAAUGACCCGUCGUUGCUUGAUGUUGGGACGAGUCUUGUUAUCCCCUUGCCUUGCGCUUGUUUCAAUGGCACCGACAAUUCUUUGCCGGCGGUUUAUUUGUCGUAUGUUGUGAGGGAGAUUGAUACAUUGGUCGGAAUUGCGAGGAGGUAUUCGACUACUAUUACUGAUUUGAUGAAUGUGAAUGCUAUGGGCGCUCCUGAUGUUAGUUCUGGAGAUAUUCUCGCUGUUCCUUUGUCAGCUUGUGCUUCAAAGUUCCCCAGAUAUGCAUCGGAUUUCGGAUUGAUCGUUCCAAAUGGUAGCUACGCUCUAGCUGCAGGUCACUGCGUGCAAUGCAGCUGUGCACUUGGGAGUCGCAAUUUGUAUUGUGAGCCUGCUUCAUUAGCCGUCUCUUGCUCAAGUAUGCAGUGUAGAAACAGCAACCUCAUGCUUGGUAACAUCACGGUGCAGCAGAGUAGUGCUGGCUGUAAUGUUACAUCUUGUGAUUACAAUGGUAUUGCCAACGGCACUAUAUUGACCUUGCUGACCAGGUCUCUUCAACCCCGAUGUCCUGGACCUCAACAAUUUGCGCCGCUUCUAGCUCCACCGGAUACUGUUCCAAAGGAUGUAAUGUAUGCACCAGCACCUUCACCAGAUUUUGAUGGUCCAGGAUCCAUAGCAUCUUCACCAAGAUCAUCUGUGCUUCCUUCAGGCGGUGAUUCCAUCCCAGGUAACCCCGCUAAUGGUCCAGCCGGUAGCAUCUCAAUCGCCUCUGCCUCCUCAGUUAGCUACUUCUUUAUCACAUUUCUCAUCUCCAUUGCUUCUUUUUCCCUUGUUUUGUCAUCUUGAUUCAACAACAAUUGUUUAUUUUCCGCACAUUAAAAACUCCUUUGUGCA